CAAAAAAGGAAAGGCUUUCUUUUUCAGCCAGCUGCAGCAGUUGCACGCACAACAACAAACGCUGGGGCUGCAGAGAAACGAAACGAAUUUGACAAAACACUUCAACGAAAGAGAAUACAAAAUUUGAAACAUUCAACUGUCAUAACUGUUACAAACUACAACUGAAAUACAAAUAUUAUAGAAAAAUUGGCGCGUAUGUGUGAAUAAAAAGUGCAAUAGAAAAGAGAAUAAAAAUUGAUUUUUAACCAGUGUCGAGUGCCAACAACAACAACAAAAACAGCAAGAAAAUGGUGCAAAAAUUCCAAUCGCCUGUGCGCGUCUACAAAUAUCCCUUUGAGCUCGUUAUGAAGGCCUACGAGCGUCGCUUUCCCACAUGUCCCCAAAUGCCCAUUGUGCUGGACUGUGAAAUCAUUAAGGACGAGUGCCUGGAGAAUGGGGCCAAGCGGAACACGAGUCGCCGCUGCAAGCUGGCCGUCGAUGCGCCGUACAUCUUCAAGAAAUUGAUUGGCGUGGACUUUGUGUUCUUUCUGCAGCACAAUUAUCUGGACAUGACAAAUCGUACGCUCAGCAUCGAGGCGGUCAACGAGAGCUUUUCGUCGCGCAUCGAGAUCUUUGAGCGUUGUCGGUACUAUGCCCAUCCCGAUAACAGCGAAUGGACGUGCUUUGAUCAGACCGCCACGCUGGACAUUAAGAACUUCUUUGGUUUCGAGCAUUCCAUGGAGAAGAUGGGCAUGAAACAGUAUACGCAGACAACGCUGAAGGGCAAGGAGAUCAUUGAGUAUUUCAUUAAUCAGCUGGAGCAGGAGGGCAUUACGCAUGUGGAUCGCUGGGUGCCACCACUGGAUGCACCCAAAUCACCGACCGCAGAUCAGCAUCAUGACAUUUUGCUUGACGGUGAUUUUAUUGCUCGCAAUUUGGGCCAAUUAUCACCGAUGCAGGAGUCCAAGCUGCUGGAGCUGAGAAAAAUGCUCGAUGGUGUCGAUGAUCUGGAGCGUAUGCCCAGUUAUCAGACCAUCUUGCGUUUCUUGUCAGCACGCGACUGGCACGUUAGCCAGGCCUAUGCCAUGCUCUGUGAUUCCUUGAAAUGGCGUGCCGAGCAUCGCAUCGACGCUCUGCUGGAAGAGUAUAGCAAGCCGGCUGUGGUCAUUGAACAUUUUCCCGGUGGUUGGCAUCAUCACGACAAGGACGGACGACCCAUUUACAUAUUGCGUCUAGGACACAUGGAUGUCAAGGGCUUGCUCAAGUCGCUGGGCAUGGAGGGUCUGCUUCGCUUGGCACUGCACAUCUGUGAGGAGGGCAUACAGAAGAUUAAUGAAUCGGCCGAGCGCUUGGAUAAGCCCGUGCUCAACUGGUCGCUGCUGGUCGACUUGGAGGGCCUGUCUAUGCGUCAUCUGUGGCGUCCCGGCAUCAAGGCCCUGCUCUACAUCACCGAAACCGUCGAGCGCAACUACCCGGAGACAAUGGGACGUGUUCUGGUGGUGCGUGCGCCGCGCGUCUUUCCCAUUGCCUGGACAAUUGUUAGUGCUUUCAUAGAUGAGCAUACACGCUCCAAGUUCUUGUUCUAUGGUCCCGACUGUGAGCACAUGAAGGACGGCCUCGCUCAAUAUAUUGAUGAGGAAAUUGUGCCCGAUUUCCUAGGCGGUCCCUGCAAGACCAUGAUACAUGAGGGCGGCCUUGUGCCCAAGACAUUGUACAAGAUGAACUCGCUGGAGGAUCAUGAUGAUGAGACGCCUGUUGCUUCGCGUGCCGCCUCUGCCUGCAUUGCGGAGCCUCCCAGUGAGAGUAAACGCUUGUCGGCUGCCCAUCAGCACGAUCACAAGAACCUCUAUAAGACUGUGGAGCUGAAGCCGGGCUUCACACACGAACUGCUCAUUCGCAACACGGAUCCGAAGAGCGUGCUCACCUGGGACUUUGAUGUGAUGCGCAAUGAUUUGCACUUUACGCUCUAUCGCGUCACCGAAGAGCUGCCCGAUAAGCAUGAUUCGGCUGUUUCCUACUUCGAUCUGCAGGACUUUGUGGAGGGCGUCAACUAUUUUAGGGAGGAGCCGACUCUCAUCUGCCGGCACAAGGAGAGUGUGCAGGGCUCCCAUGUGAUGCAUCACAAUGAUAGCUAUCUGAUGCACUGGUUCAGUCCAUCGGGUGCUCAGUUGAAUGUAUUCUACGAAGUGCUCAGUUCUGUCAACUACAAGGGCUCGAUGACCAGCCUGCAGUCGGCUUUCUCAUCGAACUCAUCGGCGACCAGCUCCUGUCAGAGUCGAUGAUAUGAACCCAACGGGCAGGCAACAACAUCGUCGCCCGGCGCCCGAGGCGCACAUGAGGAGCAGGCGGAAUUGGAUAUGCUGUCCGGCACCCUGAUGGAGAAGAGCCUGAAUUUGUUCGAUACGCCCGAUAUAUUUUUUUAAAGGCCUGCGAAAAUCAUUUGCAAUCUCGUUUAGUUUAAAUUCUAGCAAAAUGUUUAGUUUGAGAUUUUAAUUGUAAUAUUUCGUUUCAGUGUGACACAAUUUUUUCUAUUGUUGCUUAUAAUUUGAUUGAAUAUUGUGUUUAGUAGUAUUAUGUCUAUAAAUCAAUGAUUAUAUUUAUAUACGUAUAUAUACAUUUAUAUAUUUUCAAUAAUGCUAAGCGAAAAAAAUGAAAUUUCUGAAUCAUGACUUUUACAUAGAUUUAGACGGUUGUAUCAGAGAAAUUCAGAUAUCACAGAAUGUUCACACUUGUUCACGUUUAAGAGCGUCAAUUAGUCCAUUUUAGCAACAAUAUUGUAGCAGCUUAUACAACGUACAUAUAUAACUAGAGAAACCAAGAUGAUAAACGUAAUAAUUGUAGUGCAGCAGAUUUUUUUAUGGCUUUUUAUAAGAAUAUCAAUGCAACAUAACGAAAUAUUGCCCGAAACUUUGACGCUAGAACGAAAAAAAUGAGAUUUACAGAUAUCUAAUCAAUGACUACAUGUUACCUAAUUAGUUUAAUUCGGAUUC